AUGUUGGCCUCUGUGGGACAAGGAUACAGUUCAGCUCUGCUGCUCCAGGGCCGGGAAACAGAGGCACCCUGGUUUGUGCCUCAGGUCCUGAAGACGCUGUUUGAGGAAGCUCCGCCUCUCUGCAGCUCUGGCCCUGUGCUCUGCACUCUCAGCCUGGUGGAGAUUAGCCCCAGCGGGCAGACUCGGGACCUGCUCUCCCCAUGUCUGGAGCACCUGCCAGUACUGGAUGUGGCCCCUCUGGGCUUGGUGGUGAAAGAUGCCAGUGAAGUGGAGGUGUCUGAUGCCCAAGCUGCCUCUGAGCUCUACCUGAAGGCUGCUGGGAGUGAAGGCAGAGACUGCCCCCUGCUGCAUGUGCUGGCUGGUGAGGCUGCUGGGGAGGAGGUGGAGGGCUCUCUGCCCUGGAUUGUCUCCUGGCUCCUGGAAGGAAACACCUGCAGCAGCCUCCUUCUUCGUCUGGACCCGCGAGGUAGCUCUCUGAGUUUGCUUCAGUCUGCUCUGCUGGGGGCCUCAGAAAAGAGGGUACAGGUGAAAGAGGUGAGGCCCACCCUGUGGAGUGCAGUAGAGCAGGUGAGGGCCCGUAGGGCCACCCUGAAGACACUGCGUUUAGGCCUCCUUGGAGACACCUUGACAGAUGGUGGGUUGAAUCAACUAGGAAGGACACUCUGGGAGCUACAGGUGGUAAAAGCCUGGGGCCCAAGAAGCCAUGCACCCAAAGGGGCUAGAGCUGAGGCUGCGGGGCUCCCAGAGCCACAGGUUAAAGGCGAGCCACCGACCUGCAGCAAGCAGGGAAGACGUCUCGCUCAUUUGUCAGAGGCAGGAAGAAGAGAAUUUCUAGGGUCUGGGCUCCACCAAAAACAUGCUCUCAGGCACUCUGAGGAACAGGCCCAUCAGGCCCCAGAUGUGGCUCUGCAGUUCUCUCUGGCCCAGGCUCGGAGGCAGAGACUUCGAGAGGAACACCAGAUUUGGAUCCAGGAAGAGCUGAAACAUCUGGAACAUCAGGAGGAAGUAGCUUGUAAACCUAUUAAAGGCCCGGUGGCAGAGGCUUGUGAGGAGAGAGAACAACAAUGGAAGGAGCAGACGGUGCUGGAACUUCAGGUGGAAGCCCUGCAGGCAGAACGGGACAUGGCAGAGCAUGAUCUGGUGACCCUCUAUGACCUGUACGUGCAGGCCACCCGAGCUCGGACAUGCCACUUGCUGCAGGUAUUCCAAGCCUGGCAGACGCUGUGGGAGGAGAAGGCCGUGGCCACAGAACACCAUCACCGCAGUCUGCUGGCUGGAGUCCUCCAAGACUCCAUUGAUCUGGCCUUGAAGACCCAGGAGCUCCAGGCCAGGAACCAGCAGCUUGAGCAGAGUGCAGGCAGUCAGUUGUGCUGGAGUCCUGCCCGGACAGGAACCUGA